AUGUCCGAAUUCUCCAUAAAACGUCCAACGGCGUCUGAAACCGACGAUGACCUACAGCAAAUGCAAGAGGAAUGGUCGAAAAUCGCUCAAAAACCGUCUGUCGAAGUGCAUCGGAUGAAAAAGAGGACUAAAAUGGCUGAAAAUGAGCUUAAAAAGGCUGAAAAUCCAUCAGAAACACCUGGAAAUUCAAAUUUGGCGCCGAAAAUCGAUAAAAAUGGGUCCGCCCGCUUUCAAAUCGAUUUGGACGACGAUCAGACUGCAAAAGGCGUCCUUUUUCCGAUCCAGGAGCAUUUUUUGGAUUUGGCGGGAAAUUCAAAUUUUGCGGAAAAUUCAAAUUUCGAAUAUUCCAAAGACGACGGCUUCCCGGAACCCUUGGAUCUCUCGGCGUACUUCAAAAGUGGGCGGAGCCUGGAUCAAAGUGGGCGGAGCUUCUUUGCCCAGGAAUUCGAUCGAAUUCAUGGCGAUUUGGCUGAAAAUCUAGACGAAAAAUCGGACUUUUUGGCUGAAAAUUUGGCUGAAAAUCCCAAAAAUCCAGAUUUCCGCGCUGAAAAUGAGCAAUAUCUGAAAUCCCUGGAUCCCCAAAAAAUCGAUAAUUUGAUGGCUGAAAUCAAGGAGCGAUUUGAUCCCCAGAUUUUGGAAUUUUUGAAGAAUCGAGGAGCCAAAAAAGCGGAAAAUCCCCCAGGCCACGCCCCCAAAAUCAGCAAAUUCAAGGCGCAGAGGCUCAAAAAAGGGGCGGAGCCUAUCCAGAAAGGGGCGGAGCUUCCCCAGACGACGACGGGAAAAGGGGCGGAGCUUCCACAGACAGCUGACGACAGGGACAAGCCUUUGGAAAAGGGGGCGGAGCCUAUUACGAAGAACGUCGAGGAGAUGAUGAACGAGCUGGAGGUGCUGGACGAGUGGGCGGGGCAAGAGGACCAAGAGAAAUACAAUCGGCUGGCUACGGACGCCAUCCAGCUGGAUUUGACAGCGAAAUUCAGUCGAAAUUUGGCUCAACGGCAGCAGAGAAACGCGGUGAAGCUGUUCGAUAAUUGCAAAUUCAAAUUGGAUGCAGAGGGCCCCUCCGACGCUCUACUGGUGCUAGCUAGUUACGCCAAUUUGCGGCGAUUUCAGCCAUUUUUAAGCUAUGUUGAGCUAGUUUUAAGGUCAUUUUCGACCGAUUUCAGCCCAAUUUUCAGCCCCUCCGACGCUCUUCUGGAGGGCCCCUCGGAUGCUCUCCUGGAGCUGGCUCGCUCGCAAAUCGACGAAAUCAAGCGGCUCUAUCUGGAAGAGCAUUCCGACGGCCAUCAGGUCAUCUAUGAGUUCGGGAAGGGCGUGAACCCAAUCCUAGACCAAUGCUGGUCCCUGAUCCCCAUCCGCCGCGUGCUGGAUACUGUAGAACGACGACAAGGCCACGUGUCCCAGGAUGACGUGGAGAUCUGUCGACUAUCGAUUCUGUGGACCUAUAUGCUGUGGGCGGAGCGUAGAUCGGCGUUCUUCGCGUUCGCCGAGCCCAACGACUUCUAUAUCCAUCUCGCGGAGCUCUUCUUGAUUGGACCCGAGAUUCUGGCAGAUGACGUCAUCAAAAAGGCGACUCGGAAACUUCUGGAAGACUAUGUCUUGGUGCAGGCGAUCGCCGGAAAAAUCAAUAUUCGAAUGAGCCAGAAAUUGGCUGGACUGGAUGCCUUCAUGCCGUUCUAUGAGCAAUUGAUCAAGUGCUAUGAGCAAUACUCGAUGGGUGAUAACGACUUCACGAUGGCGAUUCUCAUUGGAGCGUACUUGAAUGCGCCUGUGGGGGAGAGGAUAUUGCUCAUUUCAAAGACUACAGUAUCCCUCUCGCUUCAAACUAUGCCGAUAAUUAGGAAGGUUGAGCUAGGAUUACUGUAG